CAGACACGUGAUGAGGCCCAGCUGUGUCCUCUGCCUGGAGGGGACCCUGUGGACCCACUUGCUCUGCCUUUGGGGGCAGCCAGAUGUUUCUUAUUUCCUGUUGUCCUUUCACGUGGGAGCAGAUCUCUCAUCACACCCUUGCAGCCUGUUCCUGGCGGUUAUUAAUGCGCUGUCUAUUUUUGCUGUGCUGGGCUUACAGUUCUCCUCAGUUAAGGCUCACACAUGCUCAGGGCGGAAACCCAGCCGCCCUCCCGACGGUCUCAGUGAUGCCCGCUGUGUCCUGCGGGUGCACUUCCUUCUCUCCUUCCCUCGCAGCUGGCCAGCUCGGCGUCGCUGGAAGGCAAGGGGCAGCUGAGGUUCACCUCGGGACGCUGGAGCCCGCAUCACAACUGCACCCAGGUGGCCACGGCCAACGACACCGCCGUCCGAGGCUGGGACACGCGGAGCAUGAGGCAGAUCUACUGCAUGGAGAACGCCCACGGGCAGCUGGUGCGGGACCUGGACUUCAACCCCAACAAGCAGUACUACCUGGCCACCUGCGGGGACGACUGCAAGGUCAAGUUCUGGGACACGCGCAACGUCACGGAGCCCGUGAGGAGCCUGGAGGAGCACUCGCACUGGGUGUGGAACGUCCGCUAUAACCACUCGCACGACCAGCUGGUCCUCACGGGCAGCAGCGACAGCAGGGUCAUCCUCUCCAACAUGGUGUCCAUCUCCUCCGAGCCCUUCGGCCACCUGGUGGACGACGACGACCUGAGCGACCAGGAGGAGCGCCGCCCGGAGGACAAGAGUCAGGAGCCCCCGCAGGACGGCGUCAUCGCCACGUACGAGGAGCACGAGGACAGCGUGUACGCCGUGGACUGGUCCUCCGCCGACCCCUGGCUCUUUGCGUCCCUGAGUUACGACGGGCGGCUCGUGAUCAAC